UAAUAAAAUACAAAGAAUUGAAUAGGUAAUAGAAAAUGAAAAAUUGAUGGGUAGUGGAAAAUAGAAAGAAGGGUGGAGAAGAGAGAAUUCUGAGCAAGAUGACCCACACAAUAUUUUAUAUUUUAAUUUAUAUAUAAAAAAUAUUUGGAAGGUUUAGAAUAGAUAAAGGUAUAAUCCAUUGUUUUUGUUUGAGUUAUGAGUUUUGAGGUUUUGGUUUUGAGAAGAGAGGGAAAGAGUACACAUGGAAAUGCAAGUAACGGCGAGAACAGAAGAGAGUGGAAAGAGAAGGAAGAAGAAGAAAACUUCUGAAUAACAUAUUAGCUUUAGUGGGUUUUUUUGGUUUUUUCUUUUUUGGUCUUAUUUUCAUGGAGGCAUCAUUACUGGUUCAUAUAUCAAUUUCUAAGAGACCCUGAACUGCCAAAAUUCUCUUCAUUUUUCUGCUGCAGGGGGGAUGCUUUCGUCUUAUUCCAUUUAGCUUCCUAAUUUCUGUUUCAGUUUAACAAUCUUAUUUGAUGAAACUGAGAGGGAUGCCUUUGAUAUGUACAUUCCUAAACUAAAUGGGAUUAGUAGUAAUUCUUACAUUGGCUAGGAAACUUAUAGUUCAUAGUGCUGCCGAGGUCUGAGGACAUAGAUAAGAACCUUGGUUUUUACUAUGUUGACAAAAGUAAAACUGUACAGAAAAUUAAUAUAUUAAGCUAAUCAAAAGAGGAUCCUUGAAACUUUUGAAGAAAAAUAUACUCAAAUUUGAAAGAUGGGCUUGCCUCAAGUGUCCUCAGGCAGUAUUGCUGAGGAAGUGGCAGCAUCGAUAAGCACAAUUGUGCAAAACCCACCUAGAAUUUCUGGUGUGAGCAGCUGUGAUAUUAGUGGGAUUCAUGGAGGAAGCUUAGGCAAUAGGUUGCAGGUUGAUUUAUCAAGCUUUUCAUUUGGAGAAUUCCAAAGGAAAUCAAUCAAGGAGCGUCCAAGGGAGUCAGAUUACUUGAAUGCGCAUAAAGAUGGUAGAUCCAACAUGAGUUUGUUAAAGAUUAGUUCUGUGGAGCAGAGUUGCUGGUUAACUCAAAAAAGUGGACAGAAUAUUCAUACAUCUAUUCCUAGGAUUGUUGGUUUUGAGUCAAGCACCUCAUGUCCUUCUCUAAAUGUGGUAGCUGGAGACCAGCAUUCGUUAACUGCAGUCAGUGUUACAUGUGAUGCAGCUGAGGCAAGCGAAUCGCUUGUAAGGAAGCAAUUAUCGUCUCCUUUGAAUGGAAUGCUUCUGCAAAGUCAAUGCAUUGAUGAUGGUAAUGGAGUUCACAAGAGUCAUUCAUCAAGGAGUGAUGGGAGUAUAAAUGUUUAUCCUCAGCAAGAUAAGAAAAAAGCUCAUGUUAACGAUUUUGAUCAUUUAAGUAGUCCUAUCUGGUCUGCUUCUUCUUUUGCAGGAUGGAAGAGUUCACCAGAUGAUAAUUGUGUGGCAAACUCCAUCUUUUUCACAGAUGGCCCCAUACUUGAAAACAAGGACUCACAGUCUUUCAAUCAUUUCUCUGAGGAGACCUUCAAAGAAAAAUCUUUAACGAGGGCAAUAACAAUUACUCAAAAAAAGGUGGCCUCACCUCCUCUCUCAUUGUCUCCUCUUGGUCCAAAGUUUACUGAAAGAGUAAAAUCAGGACGAGCUCUCAGUGAUACCUCGAGAAAGUUAGAAGAUGAUGAUGGUAUAACACUUAAGGACAUUGAAAGAUCACUCAAUGGAACUGUAGGCUCUUUAUCAUCCUGGAAUGAAAAUGCUUUUAAGAAGCCAAGUAAGUCACUGCAGGAACAUGAUAUUUUGCAGAAUUUUGACCCGUUUACUGGAGGAGUCAACUUGGAAAGAGACUGUUAUCAGAAUUUUGACUUCACUCCUCCUCAAGGUUUCAAACAAGUGAGAACUCUGAGUGGAUUGUCUGUUAGAAGGUCCUUGGUUGGUUCAUUUGAGGAAUCCCUGUUGUCCGGUCGGUGGUUGUGUGGGAAAGCUAGCCAGACAAUUGAUGGUUUCCUUGCUGUUCUGAAUGUUACUGGAGGGACUUUCUCACCGCAACCACAAAAACUUCCAUUUUCUGUAACCAGCGUGGAUGGAGAUAACUGCUUAGUCUAUUAUUCCUCAAUAGAGCUUGCAGGGAGUUCGGAAGCAAACAAGUCUAGAGGCUCUAAGAUGAAGAGGAGCCUUAGCAUUGAUAGGUCGGGGAUGAUAAAAAGCCAAUUGCGAGUACCCAUGAAAGGACGCAUACAAUUGGUUCUGAGCAAUCCAGAAAGAACUCCCAUACACACAUUCUUUUGUGCUUAUGAUUUGAGCGACAUGCCAGCUGGUACAAAGACAUUUCUGCGUCAAAAGGUCACUCUGGCGUCUUCUCCUCCUGCUAAUGGUGCUGGUGUUCUGCGUUAUGCUCUUCAUGCCCGCUUUGUAUGCCCUUUACCAAAGAAAAAUUCAAAAUCAUUGCAGAGAUGUAAAUCUGAUCCCUCCUCUGCACCAGCUAGUAAAGAGAACCCUGAUGGGGAACGCCGCUUCUACUUGUACAAUGAUUUGAGGGUGGUGUUUCCUCAACGCCAUUCGGAUGCUGAUGAAGGCAAGUUGCAUGUGGAAUAUCAUUUUCCUUCAGAUCCAAAGUACUUUGACAUUAGCAAUUAAAAGUGCUCAAUAACCAACAUAUUUUCUUCUCAAAAGAGAUUCACGUAUGUACAUAUUUCUGUAUAUUCUGGUUCCUUUCAUCCUUUGGGCAAUUGCCCUGUUUAACUGUAAAUAACUUCCAUUCUCAAUAAUUAGUUGAUUUAGAGUA